AUGAGCGGCCCGCAGGAGGAUGCAGCAGCCAGCCCCGUGCCCAGCCCGGGCUGCUGCCCGCUGUUCGAUGAGCCUCCACAGAAACGACAAAGAACUGUAGAAGACUUCAACCAAUUCUGCACCUUUGUGCUAGCCUAUGCAGGCUAUAUCCCAUACCCAAAGGAGAAUGAGCCGUGGCCUCUUAGGGGCAACCUGAGCCCCCAGAACAGCACAGGAAGCACCCGAGACAGCGACAGCUGCACCUCAUCCCAGUCCUGUGACUCCCAGGUGCUGUCUGACGAUGGAGGGAACAGCAACACGAAAUUCGAAGGGGCUGCGGACCUGUUCCGGAACUGCUCUGAUGUUUCCAACACCUUCUGCCCUACUCGACCCCAUCAAGCGAAGAAGAAGAAGCAGUCGGUGAAGAAGCUCAUGUUGGACCAAGAAGCUGACAAGAGAGUGAUGCCAUUGAGUGUGAUGGAAAUCAAGCAGGAAAGGAUUGAGCCAGGGGGAGAGACUCAUGGGAAGGGAGAGGAGCUGGACUCCUGCCUCCCAAGGGAAGAACUGCAGUCCAAAUCCCUCUUGGAGCAAUACAUAAAAGAGGAGAAAGGUUGGAGCUAUGGGGUGCAGCAGUCACCUGAAAAGCCACUAACUAGCGCUCUUGGGCCCAAGGAACAGAGCAUGCGUGAGGAGGAAAGAGUCAGUGCUGCCUCUUGGAACACAGGAGAGCAGAGCAGUGAGGAAGAGAUCAGUAGAGAUGACCUCCAACUCAAUACAUCAUGCCAGGAAUUUGCAGCUCCCUCAGACAGCAAAGCGGAUGAGGACGACGCAUGGGAUCUGAUCACUUGCUUCUGCUUAAAGCCUUUUGCCGGACCCAUGAUAGAGUGCAACGAAUGCACCACCUGGAUCCACCUCUCGUGUGCCAAGAUCCGCAAAUCCAACGUGCCUGAGAUCUUCAUCUGCCAGCGAUGCCGCGAUGCCAAGCAAGAGAUCCGUCGCUCCAACCGUGCCCGCACCGUGCCACGCAAGCGCUUUUGUGACUGACUCUGGCUUAAGGGGUGGAUGGGUUCCCUUUAAUGUCAAACCGGAUCCCAGAGAAGCAAGACAAUCAAAAUGCGAGAACUGCUUCCUGGGGAGGGGCAUACUCCUAUAAUAAAAAUGGUCCUGUCCCCACCCCCCCAAUGCUUUCAGAUUCUAGGACAGUGAAAGGUAUCUUUAAGGCUGGUGGGCACUGCUCUCUCCUUGACAGAGCCUGUACGGGAUGCUGUUGAUCUCAGGGUUAUACCAGAGGAGGAGAUGCGAAGGCAGCUGGCAGACACAAGUGACUGGUUGGGUGGAUUCCAGUGCACAAUGCACUACGCUAGCCAGAUGCCUUUUUUGCCCUUCUGCAGAUACAGCUUGGUGCCUUUCUUUAGUGGAGGGGUUAGCCCAAAUUUAGUGCUAGCGUGGUACAAUAGCCACCUGGGUUUCUGCAGUUAUACUUCCUGGGUCGUCUUUGUUUGUUUUAGUUCUCUGACAAAGCCUAAACCACCCCUUUAAAACAAGUCAGUUUUCAUCUCCAGAAACUGUUUUCUCAGAGGGAAAACCACAUCUACAUCAUAAGGCAGUUUCCUUCUGACGUAGAACGGGUAUCAGAAACAGCAGCUCCUGUGUUUCAGCAUAAUGAAUGGCAGCCUUGGCCAACUGCCAUCCUACUUGGAGAUGGAGGUGAUAGCUUCUGGAACUUUUAGAAAGUCUGCUAUGUUCGCAAGCUGGCAAGGCCUUAGACAGGCUAGUCUGUGAUUGGAGGGUGGGGGAGAAGAGAGGCAAGGCCAGUAUCUGCUUUUUGUAAAUACUUUGUAUACAGAUACUUAGAAAAUGACUAGUUAUAUUUCCAUAAGUAUCCACCUCCCCUUCUAGACCACCUGUUGCACUAGUGUCUUAUUUGAAAAGGAAUACAGGCAGUGUGGGAGAAGACCAAAGCUCGUUUUAGUGGAAGAGGCAAGACUUUGCAAACUACUGGGGGGGGGAGGGGUAGGCCACAGUCUCCACAGCAGUGAGCUGCGCUGAAAAGCAGAUUGGGUCCUGCUUUUUUGUUGUGAGAUUUCUCUCCCAGCUCAGGAUCCUCAACCUUGGGUUAGCAGAGGCGGGAGACAGUAAAAGAAAAAUCUGCUAUGCAAACCACUGCUCCUUGUUCUUAGGCGAGUUCUCCAGCAAAGGAUCGCUAUACCCUGCCCUCCCAAGCCUCUUCUUUGACCCCAUGUGCCUUCUGUCUAUGCAUUUCACACAAUGGCUGUGCCAGUAACAGCAGUCUCACUUUUCCCCUUCUACUUAAGAGGGACCGACUGCCCCGUUGUCAUGCUGCACGAAGGCUAUAGGGACUUACCCCAUGGUUCAGUCAAUGCCCUUCUCUCCCUCCCAGAUGUUUACACUUUUAUAGUCACUUUCUAUUAAAGAUGUAUAGUAGUAUAUUCUGGUCCUUGUCUGUUCAGUGUCUGGAAUUACAUGUAUAGAAUAAAAGCUGUUUUUAAUUGUAA